AUGUCUGUCCCGAGCUGGGAGCAGGCCACCGACGCUGCACUCAAGCUGCGGCUACGGGAAAGAGACAACAAGGGUGACGACGACGUGACUUCAACAGAGGGUAGCGGCAAAUCGAAGGCGUCGACGAUACUCACGAUAUCCGUUGAUAGACCGACAACAACAGCCUCCCCCACUGCCGACGUGUCGCAAUCCCCUCUCCCAUCCCCGUUCGACAACAACAUUCCGUCCGACUUCAAAUUAGAUUCUUCAGACAAUCGCUGCCCCAACUUCAUGUCCCGCCUCCUCUCUGACCCUACAUUUAAGCGCUGCUACCCUAUUUCCAUGCUGGUCCAGACAUCAAGGGGCUUCUUCGACGCAGAGAAGAAGCUUCUCAGCAUAGUUCGCGUCCUCGAUGCCGCUUGCAAAGCGGACGUCUCCACAUGCACCGAUUUUCUCAGCCAGGCCGCCCAAAAUCUUACUACCGAGGCCAAUUGCAAGGCCGAGAUCGAUCAACGGCAAUCCCUGGUUCUCGAAGCUUGGCGUGGCCUCAAGGCGUACGAGGUGCUCUACAAAGCAACUUGCCUCCAGGACAACGCUACGAGUAUGUAUUGCUUUGCCAAUGCCGUAACGAACCUCACGACGCCGUCCGACUCGUUCUUGUACUUUGUGCCCUUUGGCCUCGCCCUUCCCGGGUCGUCCACGCCCUCCUGCAACUGGUGCAAUAAAGAAACAAUGGCCAUCUAUAGGGCUGCGUCGGCCGACAGGCAACAGUUCGUUGCCGACAAGUACGAGCCCGCUGCGAGGCAAAUCAACGCCGUCUGCGGACCCAACUUUGUCAACGGCACUCUGCCCGCGGCCCAGUCAGCAGCUGGUGUCGCUUUGCCCCCGUCUUACACCUUUGCUCUGGCGGGCUUCCUUGUACUGGCAGCCUUGCUAUAG